ACAUCUGCUCACGUCCAUCAUUUCCCAGUUCCAGUCUUCUGAAAAUUCCUAUUUAUACUUAGAUCCGCUAGGGCCUCUUCUUGGGAUCUGUGAGAGAGCCCUGAGACAUUGCCGGCUAUAAACACAGGUUUUAACACAGAAUACAAGGGCAGUUUGGCAGAAAAAAAUUUGUCCGCCACUUAUCAUGACCUUUACCCCACUCAGCAUUCCACUCCUGACGAUCUUCCUGAUGGUAACCGGGAGCUCGGUUGACGGGACGCUUCCCAAAGCUCCUCAGAUUACCAGUCCCUUGGAGACAGUGGAUGCGCUGGUUGAAGAUGAAGCCUCUUUCCUGUGUGGAGUGGAUUCAUAUCCAACGGCUGAGAUAAUCUGGACUCGCAAUAACAUUCCGAUAAGACCGUUUGACACCCGCUAUAGCACUAAAGAAAAUGGCCAGAUAUUAACCAUCCUCAGCGUUGAAGAUACAGAUAAUGGAGUGUACUGUUGUACUGCUAACAAUGGCAUUGGGAGCUCAGUGCAGAGCUGUGGAGCUCUACAGGUGAAAAUGAAACCGAAGAUCACUCGACCGCCCACUGACGUCAGAGUGUUGCUGGGAUCGAAGGUCGUGUUACCUUGUAGCACAAUGGGCAACCCAAAGCCCACCAUUUCGUGGAUCAAGGAUGAAAUUGCACUCAGAAAGGAUCGCCCUCGAACCUCUGUCCUUGAGUCUGGAAACUUAAGAAUCCGCAGUGUUCAAAUUGAAGAUGCAGGACAAUAUCGGUGUCUGGCAAGGAAUAGCCUGGGCUUGGAGUAUUCCAGGUCUGUGACUCUGGAAGUGCAGGUCCCUGCCAGAAUUGUGAAGGCUCCUACAUCGCAGAACGUCAGCUUUGGUGCUGAGGUGAAUCUACAAUGCAAAGCCACAGGCUUCCCUAUUCCCACAAUCAAGUGGUUGGAGAACGGAAAAGCUGUCCCCAGGGUCUUGAUGGAGAAUCGCAUUAAGGGGGAGUUGAUGGAGUCUAGACUGCGCGUGCAUGUUACCAGGCCUUCACUUUUCACCUGUUUGACCACAAACAAGCACAAUGAGAGAAGUACAACAGCAAAAGCCACUGCUACACUUGACAUCAUUGAAUGGAGAUUAUACAAAGGUGACUUGGGCUAUUGCAGUACUUAUCGUGGCGAGGUAUGCAAAGGUGUACUGGGGAAGGGCAAACUUGUUUUCUUCAACUCUUCUUAUGCCGAUGCAGAGGGGACACAAGAGAUGAUGUCCAGGAGUGCGUGGACGGAGCUGGAUGGCGUUAGCUUGCUGUGCAAACCAGCCGCUGAGUCGCUACUGUGUCACUUCAUUUACCAGGACUGCAACCCAUCUGGUUUGGGGCCUGCUCCAAAACCUAUGUGUCGUGAGCACUGCCUGGCAGUGAAAGAGCUUUAUUGCUACAAAGAAUGGCUCUCACUGGAAGACAAUUCCCACAAAGGAAUUUACUCUACAGGUCUGACACUACCAGACUGUUACAGGCUUCCCAGCCUGCACCAGAACACAGAUGCAUGCACCAAAGUCUCAUUUCUUGAAAUGAAGAAAGGGCUCAUUACCAAAAUGUGCUACAGCAAAAACGGGAGGUUCUAUCAAGGUUCAGUAAACAUCACAGCAUCUGGUAUUCCCUGUCAGAAGUGGGGUGAACAGGCUCCCCACUUCCAUAGGCGUAUGCCGGAGUUAUUCCCAGAACUGACCAACUCGGACAACUACUGCCGUAAUCCAGGAGGUGAGAGCGAGCGCCCUUGGUGUUAUACCAUGGAUCAAGCUAUCAGAUGGGAAUUCUGCAAUGUGCCUCUAUGUACUAAUGCUACCUCAAUAGCGAAUGUGAAGCCCACAGCAGGAACAGCAGACACAGCCACCCUCACUUCUGCAACCUAUUCUAUGACCAUCAUCAUUUCCAUAAUCUCCAGCAUCGCAGCUUCCGUACUCUUAAUAAUUAUAAUCCUUACGUGUCACCGUCGUCAGAAAGAAUGGCAGACCAGGAAAAGUUACAGAGGAACAGAAACCCCUACCCUGACAGCUCUUCCUUCAGAGCUGCUACUGGACAGACUUCAUCCCAACCCAAUGUACCAGCGUCUCCCUCUCCUGCUCAACCCAAAGUUGCUCAGCCUCGAGUAUCCAAGAAAUAACAUCGAGUACGUACGGGAUAUUGGAGAGGGAGCCUUCGGAAGAGUGUUCCAGGCAAGAGCCCCUCAACUGUUGGAGCAGGAGACUUCCACCAUGGUCGCCGUGAAGAUGCUGAAAGAAGAGGCUUCGCCUGACAUGCAGGCAGAUUUCCAGAGAGAGGCAGCCCUCAUGGCGGAGUUUGACCACCCAAACAUCGUCAAAUUGUUAGGAGUGUGCGCCAUUGGAAAGCCAAUGUGCCUGCUCUUCGAGUACAUGGCCUAUGGAGACCUCAACGAGUAUUUACGCACGAGGUCAGCCAUUAAUGUCCGCACCUUGAGCCAGGCCAGUUGCCCUCAGUGGAGUGUGGGCUCAGGCGACCUUAUUCCCCUGAGCUGUACCGACCAACUUAACAUCGCGAAACAGAUCUCAGCAGGCAUGACCUACCUGUCUGAGCGCAAGUUCGUUCAUCGGGACCUGGCCACGCGCAACUGUUUGGUUGGCGAGCACCUGGUGGUAAAGAUUGCUGACUUUGGCCUCUCCAGGAACAUCUACUCUGCAGACUACUACAAAGCUAAUGAGAACGAUGCCAUCCCUAUCCGAUGGAUGCCACCCGAAUCCAUAUUCUUCAACCGUUACACGACCGAAUCUGAUGUCUGGGCUUACGGCGUGGUCCUUUGGGAGAUCUUCUCCUCUGGCAUGCAGCCCUACUACGGCAUGGCCCACGAGGAGGUGAUUUACUAUGUCCGAGACGGGAAUAUCCUCUCGUGCCCCGAGAACUGCCCGCUGGAGCUGUACAAUUUGAUGCGCCUCUGCUGGAGCAACAUGCCAUCCGACAGGCCGAGCUUCGCAAGCAUCCAUCGCAUUCUGGAGCGCAUGCACGAGAGAAUGAUGGUCUCAGUGCCCGUGUGAUCCACCUCCAAAGCCCCUGUAACUCUGUGUACCUCCACGUGAGAAUGGCGAGCACCCUUUGACUGGCAUGGUUGACAUGGGCAGCAGAAAUGGAGAGCCUUGAGGGCACACAACGUGCCAUCUGAAUACACCACCACCAACAGUUACCAUCAUAUAGAUCUCCAUUUCUGAAAUCUGGGUCCUUAUACUUUAUCUAGAUAACCCACGAUCGGGUAGCGUUGUGAAGACACCAACCCUCAUGUUUUUCAGUCAUGAACCCUUUUGUGAAUUAUAAUGGGAUUUUAUUAGUGAUAUAUGACAACAUAGUGUGAGGGGUUUUGAUAGAGUAGAUAAAGGGAAACUGUUUCCACUGGCAGGAUGGUCACUAACCAGUGGACACAGAUUUGGUAAAGCAAAAUAAGCAGGAAAUUCGAUUUUUUUUUUAAACACAGUGAAUUGUUAUGACCUGGGAAUGCACCAACCAAAAGGGCAGAGGAAUCAGAUUCAACAGUCACUUCCAAAAGGGAAUUGGAUGUAUCAUUGAAAAGCAGAGAUUUGCAGGGAUUCACAGAGGGUGCAAUGGGGAGUGGGACUAAUUGGAUAGCUGGCACAGGGAAGAUGGGCAGAAUGGCCUUCUUCUCUGUUGUCUGAUUUUAUGAUUCUGUUACCAAGACAGACUUUAUUACAAAGCAGAAAUAUUUUCAUCAUUUAGUACAGGUGAGGUUUCUUUUUUUCAAAAACGUCAUGCUGUGCUGAUGGUUUUUCUUACUGAGGAAUAUGUAUUGUCGUAAAACUGUAAUUAUGCAGGUGAACUUCAAUAGACAUCGGUCGAAAACCUGGGUCCAUCAACAGUCAGAUGGCCACAUGUCCAUAACUGUGGACAGAUCCAUGCUGCUGAAACUUUUGUUUUACUGGGCAAACAAGAGUGUUGGAUAAUCCAGCUGAAAAUCUGGCUUAACUAUUACACAAAGAGUAAGGCAGAUGACCAAUAUUGUGAAUUCUGGUGAAAAAUCCCCUCUGCAUCUCUCCAGUGAUGUUGACCAAUGAGUCACAAAAUUUCUUCAGGCAUCAGCAGCAGUUGAGGUAACUAUUGAACAUCUCUACACGUCCUGCAACUAACACUCUCCGGCCUAUUUACUCGGGCUGUUUGUAACUGAGUAAGGAUUUGUUCUGAGGAGCCUUGUGCUGAGGCUGAACCACUUUUGGAUUCCUUUUGUUCCCUCCCCCUUCACUUUCUUUUCUCCCCACCUGAAGCAGUCCCCCGGAAGUGCUGGUGAUUUUCGAGUUCUGAUUAUACUGAAUCAGAUGUCACCCCAGCCCUUCAUGGAUCCUACACACCAAACCUCUUAGCCAACAGACAGCGUGCUUUCCAAAGAAUGAAUGGGUAUAAUGCAAUACACAACACUUCAGCUUUACCUUCUGUACAGCAGCGCUGUGUUUAAGCAAAAUGAAAAAUAAAAAUCAAUCUGAUGGAAAUUCCAUUUCUCAAUGAAGCAUUGUCAACACAAAAGAGCUUAGGUUUUGGGAAAGUCACAAAGAAAUCCCACAACUCAACAGUUCCCAUUGAUCCCAGCCAUGAAUGGUUGUGUUUUUUGUGGCUGCUACAAUUAGCAUUGAAAGGCCUUCUUGCAUGAAAAUACCACAGACUGUUACAGAGCAGAAUAUGUGGGUGAACGUCGAAACAUUCUCUACAAAUGCAGCAAUUCUGUUGAACAUAACAGUACUGAAGGGGCUGAGUCCCAACUGCAGGCAAACCAUCAACCGGCUGUACAAGACAAGCUCGAAAAAUUAAGUUGGUAAUUAGUAAAAUGAUAAGCUUUUUAAGACUCUUGACAACAUGGUGAUCAUGUUAUUGGUGCAGUCAGUAUCUUGUUAGGCAGAUUACUGUGCCAUUUUUGUGAGCGAGAGUUUGAUGCUCUAAUUCAAAGUUGUUUUGGGGAGCAAGGCAAAGAUGGUGCAUGUGCCAGAGCACUCCACAUUUUCUAUGGGGUUGUGGCACAAUGACAUAACUGUGCCAAGCUGAGAUUACAUUUUCCACCCUACGUCUUCUGCUGUAUGGAGACAAUGAUUUCAGGGUGUCUUUUUGUCUCACCAUAAGUCCUUGAUAUGUUGUCUUAGGACCUUAAGUUGCCUGAGAGGUUGGGGGGUAGUCAUGGACAUUAUAUUUAUUUCCAGGGUUUUGUUUUAUUUUCCUGAGUAUGUUAUGUGAUAUAUAUAUAUAUUUUUUAAUUCCCACAUAAUGUCACCCCAUUAUUGCAGGUCUAAAUGGAGAUGAUUGGUUAAUUUUUCCCCAUCAGUCAUGCUUGGGGACCGCACUGCUGCAAGUGACAGGGAUUGAUUUUAUGUUUAGAAUUUGUAUUUUGUAACCAGCCUCCACUGACUGUAUUUUUUUGUGAAGAAAUAAUCACUUUGUUUCAUGCAACCAUCAUCCGUUCACUACACUGUGCUGGAGAAAUAAUCAAUUUGUAUUUUGUAACCAUCCUCCACUAUUUACAUUAGGCUGGAAAAUAACCACUUUGUAUUAUGCAACUAUUCUCCACCCACUUUUGGAGAAAUAACCAAUUUAUAUCAUGUAACUAAUUCUCCAGCAAAAUGCAGUCAGUGGAGGAUAGUCAAUUUAUAUGACACAACCAUCCUCCAUUCACUGCAUCUUUGGUGGAGAAAUAAUCUUGCUUUUAUAGGGAGGUGUUGCUGGAGUUUUGGUCCAUGAGCUUUGUGUGCUGCAGACUUUUUUAAAAUAGACUCUUUAAAAAGGCUCUUUAAAUGUACUUUCCUUGCCCUAAGUCCUGCCUGCUUCCAACUCAUUAGCUGAUGCAGUGAUACCAAUACAAACUCUUUAGAAACAAGCAAUUUUUCCAAUGGGGAGUUCUAGGGUGCAUUGAGACUGAAGCUUUAGAGUUGGGGCCAAGUGACUUCUGCUAAAUUGAACUGGCACAGGAAGUCAGGGCACACGAUUAUGUGAAGAUAUGAGCAAUGAAGGAACAAGAUAAGCAUUGCUGGUCAAUCUAGCCUGUAUCUCUCAAUUGCGAUACCUUGCCUAUCUUGUGCACAAACUUGACUCUGGAUCAUAAUGGAGUGGGACUCAGAAAAGGAAGUCUUGUACUGCUUAGAUUUGACACCGUACAAUGCGAGAAUCCAGCGUGGCGGUAAUUCUGGGUUAAAGGGUGCCCAGGCUGCUGCAUUUCCUGGGCUCUUUGUGAACAUAUCUUACGUUAAUUUAUUCGAGGACACUCUCCUCCUUAAUCUGUUAGCGAUUACAUUUCUAACUGGUCAGCACGCUUCUAGCCAGGCAAUGGAAAUCUGGUAUCCUAAUCCAGUUGCAGCUAACAGUGUCAGCUGCAGUGAAAGUGCACACUUAAUAUGAAAUAAUCCGCAUCACAGAACCAUGACUGCAGAACCACUUGUCCAUUUAGUGUUUGGAAGAGUGAGGGGGCGGGGAGGGAUAUGUCAUUCAGAAGAGGGGGAUAUUUGUGGAUACUCCCAGCUUAGUAUUGACUGUAUACUGCCAGGGGCAGCAGAUACAGAGAAACAACCGCAAACUUAGGAUACAUCUAAUGGAUGAAAGCAUUCCCCACUUCUGUGGCAUUUUUUUUAUAGCCAUGCUCUUGUCCCAAGAGCAUUAGAAAUAAGUUAAAAGUGGGGGAAGUUGAAAGAAUAAUUUUUGCCGUGUUUGAAUUAAUUUUACUGCCAUCUCUCCAUGUUUAGUGCUGCUGUGUACUUUGUGAAUCCGUUUAAGGUAUUGAAAUAUGCCGCAGAGUAUUUGAUUACUGGCUGUGUGCUUGAAGUAUCUGAAAUUACCUUUCUAUAACACUAGUAUAAAGCCUUGAUAAGAGUGGCACUUCCACUAAAUACAGUCUAGUGGCACUAAACAGGAUAAGAUAGGGCUCUGCAGAAGAGUCAUAUGGACUUGAAACUUUAAGUCAGUUUCUCUCUCCUCAGAUGCUGCCAGACCUGUUGAGUUUUUCUGGCAUUUUCUGUUUUUAUUGAAGAAUAGGGCUCACUGACUGACCUCUACCGCAAACAAUUCUAGGUUAAAGCAGCCAUUAGAAUUUGCAUGUGCCUUUGUAACUCAAUCAUCAAUUCCUCACUUCCAUUAUGACUUCAAGAUAUUUCUUUAAUAAUUGUAAAAAUUUCUUUAUUUCAACUCUUUAUAAUAAAUCCUUAAUAUCUUUUGCAUCAUUACAAAAUCCAAAAAUAUCAAAAUUGUGAAAUAAAUGUUAUGAUUUAAGUUA